AUGGCUGAAAGGUACAUUGAUGUCGAAGGCUUUGAAGCAUACGAGGACAACGAUGGUCAGGAGCUGACGCUUCAGAAACUAGUAAGUGCAUCAGUGGGCGACGCUUUUGACGCCUGGUUACGCCUUGUGUGGCUUGGCCACGGAUCAACACUCCAAUCUGGUGAAGGUCGCGGGCUCGUGGGUCACAGACGUUCCUUCUCGCUUGGAGUUGAGGAAAAAAUCCUUUCAGCUGGAUUGCCUGACAACUCUGAUCGAAUUCCUACGUUGCGGUUCAGUAUCCAGAAGAGUGGUGUGCUAAUGCUUAGCAGCCACGUGGCUCUAGUGCAGUUCGUAGCCGACCGCACAGCGUCUCCCUCGCAUCCGAAGACGCUUAUAAUCUGGAGUUGUAAGUUCGUCCCAAGCACUGCUGGUGGUGUCUUGUUUUGCGGUGGUUUUUUCUCUCGAAUGAUGAUUAAAAGCGUCUUGUCAAGCUCGCUAGAGGAGAUUGAAGCGUCAUUCCAGCCAAAGUGA